AUGAAGAUUGGCGACCAUGUGACGAUUGGAGAGGGCACGAUUGUGCAAGCAGCCACCAUUGGAUCCUUUGUGAGCAUUGGCAAGAACUGUGUCAUCGGUCGGUUUGCGAUCAUCAAGGAUUGCUGCAGGAUAGAGGACAAUACGGUGAUUCCACCCAACUCUGUUGUUCCCUCAUUUUCGGUCUACAAGGGGUCACCAGGAAAGUUGGUUGAUGAGCUCCCAGAGAGUAUUCAGGAUAUCGUUGAGGCACGGACAAAGGAUCGAUAUGCCAAGUUUGUCCCUAGCGUGAACUAA